AUGAUAUCGGGGGCUGGUAUCGAGGACAAAAGAAGAGACGGAGACGGUAAAAAUUUGCCGCCCCCUAGGAUACGAAAACGUGAAAUUUUACAGAGGGCAUUUGGGGAUGCGUAUGCUUUGGUAGAGCCUACAUUGAAAGCUGGAGAAGUUAUGACACCGUACGUUAUAAAGAACGUCACUGGAGAGGACCUAAUGCUCAAGCUUGACAAUGCCUUCGAGAGCCCUCCAAAUGCAGCAAACGGUAAAAUAAAGCUGUCAGUUGGAGAUACUUUACCUCUGAAGAACAAAGAAGGUCCGAAAUUACGUAGACAAGCUUCAGUUAUCAAGGCGUCCACUGCUUCUGAUGAAAAGAAAAUGAUCUUUCAGGUUUUCAAUGCAACAAGGGAGGUAACCAUCAAGCGUGCAGAAAAACGUCUUUUCCAUGUUGAAACUAAGACAGGUGAUCAAUGGGCUAUAGUUUGUGAUACACAGACAUCCCUGGGACAGAGAACUGUCACUUUUAGAUCUUCUGUACAGGUGAUGAACCAUCUGACAGUUCCAGUUGAUGUUUUCUUCAAGGAUGCGUCCGGAAACUUGCCGAUAUCUUCAGUCAGUCCAGAAGAACUUUUCAGUCUACUGUUACACACAAUAUACACCCAAUCUGCCCAGUUCAUGUUUAAACCAAUCAAAGAUGGAUGUGAUGAGUUAAGUGACCCAAUAAGUUGGAAGGGGGCAGAAAAUAUGGGACUGAAACAGUUGAUGUGUAAGGCUGGCCCAGGACAUGAGCCUUUCUACUUCAAGGUCAGGGCCGAUAUUGAGACAGUAUAUUAUGAGACUGGUGAUACUCCCUCUGCCAAGUCAACGACCUUUCACCUUUACCCCACUGUGAUAUUGCAUAAUCUUUUACCAUACAAGGUCAAGGUCUUGCUCCAGGGUACAGAGGAUAACUUUGAGUUAGACAGGGGCAGUAAUAUACCACUAGAUCAUGCCUGUGUUGGGAAAACAAACAUUGAAAUUACAAUACCAGAGUACCAGGGUAUGGAAUGGAUUGGAAGACGUUUACCUGGAAGUGGAUAUACCUGAAUUAUCAGUGUGGACGUUUGAA